CAAUAACAACACAGAAGGUAAACAGAAAAAGGGCAACAUUGAUGCAGUCAAGAAAGAGAUACCGAUGGCAGAUGAUGGGCCUUCACUCGGAGGGACCCCUGGAAAUCCCACCCUUGGUGGUGAGACUCAUGGACAUCCCACCCUUGGUGGUGGGACUCAUGGAAAGCCCCUUGGUGGUGGGACUCAUGGAAAGCCCCAUGGUGGUGAGACUCAUGGAAAGCCCCUUGGGGGUGGGACUCAUGGAAAGCCCCUUGGGGGUGGGACUCAUGGGAGGAACCUCCAGAAGGAUGGAGGUGGUGGAACUGAGAGGAAGACGAUCCCAGAAGAUCAUCGUCUCCUCCAUGAUGGGGAAGACCCACAGAGGAACGACGCUGAUGGCGUCAAUGAAGCCAUGGUUACGAGUCAGAACCAGUCCCGUGUGUGGCCUCAGAAUAGUAAUUUUCAGAGGAACGCUGGCCCAUCCCACGCGUGGAGUCAGAAUGGCCAUUUUCAGCAGGACGCUGACCCAGCGCGUGUGCGGAUUCAGAGUAACUUCUUUCGGAAAAAUCUGGCGGAUGGAAUUGAUAGAAAAUCAAUGCCAGAUCCUCGCUGCUUCCACGGUGUAGGUAAUCCACAGAAAGUUGGCAGUGACAAUGCAAGAAGAUCAACGGCACCAGCACACGCCCGCUUUAGUGGUGGGAAUUGUGGGAGGAAUCUUGAGAGCGAUUCAAUCAAAGGAAUUGGCCAGGGGACUAUGCCAAAUCAUUCUGCAUCGCAAAGAGUGGGAAACCCACGGAAAGCUGACGGUCUGAGAAGUAGCAACGAGAUGGUGUCAGGUAUUGAAUACGAUCGAUCUGAAGAUGCAGCCGUCAAACCAUCGCAAGGGGAUCAAAUAGAUACAGUCCACUGCACCGGCGCAAUAAAUGGCAUCGUGUUUGCUGUGCCAGCUUGGAACAACGGUACGCCGACAGAUCACAGUCGCAGCACCUCUGAAACUCGGUGCAAUUCUGUGACGGAGGAAGAAUCGCAGCCGGAUGAUUCUGCUGUUCUUCUUUCUUCGGCUUCGUCGGUGAGUUGCCAAGACGAUGGCACCACUCCUGCGAAAAAACGUUCUAGGCCCGGGAGGGCUGAGCGUAAUAAGAAAAGGCGGAGAAAGAAUGCCAGUCAACCGUCGACUCCCGUUGCCAACGCUGCCAUGGAGAAGCUUCAUGGUGCUGGUGCUGCCUCUCCCAUGAAGAAGCAAGGAACGGACAAGCUGCCACACGUGAAACUCGAGCUUCCGGAAGAGGAGGAUGAGACAGGUAGGGAGGCGCAGGUUCAGCGGAACGACUUGGACGAUCAAGUGACAGGGAUUGCGCGGGCCGAUGUGGACAAUCGAGUUGCAGGACUUGCCAUAGUUGUUACCGGCAUUACUGCUAACAUCAAGAAAGAGCUGCCAAGUGACUGUGACGCAGUCGCAGAAGCUCCUGAUGGUGGUAAGGCAAGGGAAUCGCCGGCAAGGUGCUUGCCCCUUGAAGCAGGCGCUCCUUAUGUUCCUUGUACGAACUCAGAUUCUAGGAGUGAGAAGUCAGAGGAGAACGGGCUUCAAGUGGGGUACUGCAGUGCUAAGGGUAGGAGUGGACUUUCCACAUCGGGUAGUGAGCAGGAUCUUGACCUGCUCAACCUUCUGGAUAAGGUACUGCAAGGAAGGGAGUCUCGGUCUGGCCCUACCGCUGUGCCCUCUCAGAGCGUGAAAGUGCAAGAACCUUCCGUCGACAUGCCUACUUCGCGAUCACUCCAGCAGAAGAACCAUAGAAACUUUCACGAUAGAGACGGAGGAGCUGGCCGACCAAACUUCGUGAAGGAGGAAGAAGAUAGAAGGGUUAUUGUCUCUGCCUCUCCGCAUGUGUCUGGCUCAACGACCCCGGAGGUCAUGCAGAGAGAACAGGCCUGCGGGAGCCCUUCUCCAAAUCAGAAGUCUGGAGGCAGGCAAGUCCCAGAAUCACGUGCAGCGUUGGCGAAAAACAUCGCUGCUCUGAAUUGCAAUAAGCAACUUGUAAUCGAGCAGCAACAUCGGCAUUGCCAGUCCCAGGUUUCAGUCUGUGCCAACCAUGGAACAUCAUCAGAUGCAGCUUUCGGGUGUGCAGCAGUCAGGCCCUUACGGGUGUGUAGCCCAAAAUCACCGACUGCUGUGAAUUGCGGUGAGCAGCAUUCCGGUUGGCAGUUCCGCCCCCCGGUUCCAGUUUUUCCCACCCAUGAAACACCAGCAGACGGAACUUGUGGGCCCAGACAGGUGUAUAGCCCGCCAAAGCCACCAAGCAACCCGGGGGACGCCUUUGUGUCCACCCCCCAUCAUGGUAAGGUGCAUGAGGCAGUGACGACUCCGUUGGCGCAGAGACAAAUGGGUGGUGGCGGAUCGCCCCACGGAAAGCCUAACACACAGACUUUUCCUCCUGGCAGCAGGCCAGGUUGUCCACCAGGGAAAGGUGGGGGUUGCGCUGUACAGACGAAUGCAAAAGGGGGAAAAAAGCAAGAAGGCGGUGCGAAAUGUCAUGUUUCACAGCAGCCUGAGUCGGGAGCAGGACCUUCUGGAAAGCAAGGAGGCGGCGUAAAGGGUCAUGUUUCACAGCAGCCUGAGUUGGGAGCAGGACCUUCCGGAGUCCGUUCGCCACUCGGUGGGUCCAAACAAGGAGAGGUGAUUGAAGACAGCAAGCAGCUUUGCACCAAGCUGAUGGAGCAAUUGUUUUCGGUCAUUGAAAGAAGAGAAAGGACUGUGUCGAUUCGAGAGAAGGCGCUGGGGGGAGACAUGAUAUGGUUGCUGAGUGAAGCAAAGAGGGUGGGGGAGGAGAAAACAGAGGUGGAAAACAGUACGAAGAAGAGCCUGCUGCUCAGAGAUGAAGCGAGAGAGGAACGGAGAAGAUGCCAGUCGGAAGCUGAUAGGGCGCAGUCGAAAGCGGAGCAGUUAGAAAAACUCGUAACUGAGCAUUCAAUUCUGCUUACGGAGGUGAACCAGAAGCAGAGCAUGUUGAAGACAGCGCAAGAGGAACUGGAAUUGAAGGAAAAGAGGUUGGCAGACCUCGAGCAGUUGCUUCUGGCGAGGGAAAAGAAACUCGCCAGAAGGGAGAGGACGGUUCUCCGCCUUCAUCAGCAAUUGCUGCUGAGAGAGAAGGAGUUGUUGCCAAAAGGGAGUGUCACAGAGUCUGGGCAGGAGGAGGAGCCGCCGUUGAGCUGUGAAGGACGACUCCCGGCACGCGGUGAGUUGGUUGCGGCGGAAGCCCAUGUCAAAGUGGAAGCAAACAGUGCACCUGCCAUGCCAGGCCCAGGAGAAUUCAUGGAUGGCGUGGAGAAUUGCUCGGCAGCCUUGGCAAGCAGGCAGAGAGCAGUAGAACCUACCGAUGCAGGUGUUGAUGUGCAGCACAGCCGGGAAGGCGGGAGCACUCCUAAAGCAGCAGAGGGAGAGGGAAGAGAAAGUGGUGGGAAUGCAGCCGGGGUGGGACAGUGCGUGGACGCGGUGAAACAUUUGAAGGUGCCGAAACAGGAGCCGGUGGACUACCACGAUGGGACUCAUCUGCAGGAAAUUUGGCCUGGAAGUGGUCCUGAAGCUUGGUGUGGAGGCGAUCCCCGUUUCAAUGGCUCUACUUAUGCUGAGAUAGACUCUGCUGCAGGGCAGUGUAGAGAGACACCGGGAUCACUAGAAUGUGUGAAGAUGGAGGUGGACUGGAACGCUUUGGGUUGUGCUCGGGAUGACCACGCUGCGAGGGGUGUGAAGGAGAAGUGUGAUGGAGCAAAUGGUUUCGGGAGUCAACUACGCCAUGCAUGGGUGAAGGAGGAGGAUGAGGACAGCACGGAGGGUGAAGACGAUGGAGAUAACCUGGUAGAUGUUCCACUGUGGCACAUUGUGAGGGCGCGGAAGAAAGAGGCAGGUGCAGCGGCUGUUGCGCAGGUUCAGAAGAACGAUGUCAUGGCUGAAGAAAAGAAACUCGUCGUCGUUUCUGUCGAGGAGGCCCUCAGAAAAGAUGCACCGGACCUCCUAGAAUCAUUGACGGAGCGAGGGCUCAUUCUAGAGGGUCUGCAGCUCUACGAAGAGGGCGCCGAUCAUGGGCGAGAGUUCCACGAGCUGCAGAAAGUCUUAACUAAACUUUGGGCAAUGGAUGGGGCUUCUGACGGACCCCCAUUACCCACCAUGCAGGUACCGAAUGCUGUUGCUACCACCAAGCUGGGAAAGUACUGCCUUGAUUGCUUGAUUGCACUUAUAGAACAGACACAGUAUAUGAAGAAGCGAGGGUUGGACGUCAGCUGGGGAUGGUGCAGGAGGCUACAUUCAUUCCUGUUUGUCUUCCAAAAACAUAACAGGAUUGUGCUCGAGCGCCCAGAGUACGGAUGCGCAACCUACUUUUUUGAAAUUGCGCAUCCUGCGCCAAUCGAAUGGCAAAUUCAGAGACUUAUCUCGGUCCUGUCCGUGUCAAACGUCGGAAGAACUGCACUCCUUGAGAAUCGGCCGCUGGAAGUGGGGAAAGAUCUCACAAAGGAGGAUGCAGAAAUGUUGGAGGGAUUUGGAUGGGCCCCCAACAGUGGUCUUGGAUCGUUGCUGAAUUUCUGUGAUCGGGUUGUGCACUUGAAAGGUGUUCGUGAGGAAAGCAAGGACUGGCGGAGGCAGAUUGGUGAGAAACUUAUGGCCGGCUAUGCUCAAGGAGGCAUUCCUCAGCAGCAUGGUAUUGGGAAGCACGAAGCCAUGGACGAGGAGGAGGCAGGCAUGUGUAAUGCCGUUGCAGUCUGCUAGCACCUUGCUAGACACACACACACACACACACACACACACACACACACCUGUCUCUUAUACACAUCUAGAUGUGUAUAAGAGACAGAUGUAUAUGUACGGAUAUGCUGGAAUGACCUACGUAUGUAUGUAUGCAUGUAAUACUAUGUUACAGUAUGUGCGUAUGUACAAGUUCGGCUAUUACACAUAUAUUACAGAUCUCUCUGCCUACGGUUUACCGGGCAGUUCUGUUUGUGACGAUAUAUUACAGAUACAUACUGUAGGGGAAAAGUAAUAGUAAAUACAUAUUGACCUA